UCUUUGGCCAACUGGCCUUCUAUUCUGGCCCUUAUAUAAUCCUUUUCUCUCAAUUAAACAUUUGCAUAACCCAUUUAAAAUUUAAGAUUCAUUAAUUUUAUAGCCAGAGAAAUGGGUCGUCUAAAUCUUCUUAUGGCAUUAGCGUUAUCAGUUUUUUCAGUUGGUAUUGUAUUGAUGCCCGACUUGGCUUCUGCACAAUUGAGGACCAAUUAUUAUGCCAAUACAUGUCCCAAUGUUGAAUCCAUUGUUAGAAAUGUGGUUAACCAGAAAUUCAAACAAACAUUUGUCACUGUCCCUGCUGUUCUCCGUCUCUUCUUCCACGAUUGCUUUGUUGGGGGAUGUGAUGCUUCAGUGAUGGUAUCAUCAACACCGGGGAACAAAGCUGAGAAGGAUCACCCAGAUAAUUUAUCAUUGGCUGGAGAUGGAUUUGAUACUGUGAUCAAAGCCAAAGCGGCCAUCAAUGCAAACUCACGUUGUAGAAAUAAAGUAUCUUGUGCUGACAUUCUCGCCUUAGCCACCAGAGACGUCAUUCAGCUGUCUGGGGGACCAUGGUACCCGGUGGAAUUAGGAAGGCUAGAUGGGUUCACAUCAAAGGCUUCGAACGUGGAAGGAAAGCUGCCAAAACCAACAUUCAAUCUCAAUCAACUCAAUUCCAUGUUUGCCUCUCAUGGUCUAUCUCAGGGUGACAUGAUCGCCCUUUCUGCUGCCCAUUCUGUUGGGUUUUCACACUGUGACAAGUUCUCCAACCGUAUUUACAACUUUAGCCCUCGAAGUCGAGUAGACCCAACCCUGAACAAGCAAUAUGCAGCCCAAUUACAAGGGAUGUGUCCAAGGAAUGUUGACCCAAGGAUAGCCAUUAACAUGGAUCCUAAAACUCCCAGGACCUUUGACAACAAUUACUUCAAAAAUUUACAGCAAGGUAUGGGCCUGUUCACAUCAGAUCAAGUGCUUUAUACGGACAGGCGGUCCAAGGGUACUGUGGACUUUUGGGCCAGUAACUCCAAAUCAUUCCAAAAGGCAUUCAUCACUGCAAUGACAAAGCUGGGCCGAGUUGGUGUGAAGACUGGGAGGAACGGAAAUAUCCGGUUCGACUGUGGAAGAUUGAAUUAAGAGUGCAUUUGCACAAAUGGCCUUUUUGAGGCCACUCUCAAAUAUAAAUAUCGAUGUGGUAGUAAUUAUUAUUAUUUUUUUGGAAAGGUGAGGAGGCCGGGAUGAAA